UGCCCAUCAAGCCAAGCCCACAGAACCAUUAGUUAAAAAAAUUGAAUUUCACCAUUGUAUUAAAUAUUGUGUCAAGGCUAAUGAAUAAUAUCAGAUAACAGUGAGGUUGCUUUUUUGGAGUUUCUCACACACAAAUUUUAAAAAGCCAUCGACCGAGAAAGCAACUGCACCAAAAAGAGGUUACAUGUAGCCAUUUCCUAACAACCAGUUCCAUGAUUCUUAUAUUUACCAAUACCUGUCAUUUCUAGCUACACCUUACUGCAUGAUAUCAGGUAAGCUCUCCUGUUUUGCAUAUGCUCCUAUUGUGACACAACUUUAUUUCACUUCUGAAUGCCAAUGAUUGUUUGGAAAAUUCUAUAAGGGAGCACUUGCUUCUUGACCUUUAUUGGACCAUUGGACCUUUAAUGGACCAUUAGAAACUGUUGGGGGGAGGGUGUUGUUGGUUUUUUUUUAACUGUUCAUCUUGAGAAAUCCAACGGCCUAUAAAAAGAGAAAGAAAAAUAAGAUUUUAGUAGCCAAAAUAAGAUUUUUAGUAGCCAAGCCAUUCACUGUGUGGGGUUCCAAAAAUUUAAGAUGCCAUUUGCAAUAGUCUCUUUUUUGUGUGCAUUACAUUUGGGACACAUGGUUAAAAAUGUCAAAGUUUUGAUCAUAUGAUUUCAGUUGCUUUCCCUACCUCUUUGAAUAUAUUUCACCCUUCUCCCCAAAUGGAAACUCCUUUUAAGGUAUAAUAAGCAGCUGUCACUUUUAAAAGCUUUAAAAACACAACUUACAAAAUCAGCAAACCUGCUAUGGGAGAUCUUCAGAAAGUUCUUGACAAAGGAGAAUAUAUUCCCUUGAAAUCUGCUCCUGUAUUUGAAAGUAAAUUUGUUCAGGUAAAUAGGAAAGGUGGAUCAAUUUACCUUCAUAAUCGUCCCAACUAUGUGACUGUGGGCAUAUGUUCCUCUAGCACAAAAUUGUCAAAGCCAAAUGUCAUGUUGCUUGCCAAUUCAUCUCCCUAUUCCUCCAAAGAAGACCUUUCAGCCUAUCCACCAUCUACCCAACCCUCACAUUCUAAAGAAGAACUGGUACUCACCAGGUUCUUGCCUUUGCAGUUUGUAGAUCUCUCCAUUCACUCCGCUAAUAAGAAACGGCUGAAGCUUAAAUUGCUGAAUGGUCGCGCCUACUACCUAGAACUCUGUGCUUCACCACAGAAGCAGAGUGAGAUAUUCUCUCAGUGGGUACGGCUCAUCAAUCUGCUGAAAUCUAAAUCUGAAGGUCCUUCAAUUAAUACUCUUUAUAAGGAUUUUGAAACUCAGGACGACAAUAAAGCCAUCAGGAGUAAAACAGGAAUACAAGAAAAAAACACAAUAGAAUCUUUUAAAAAUCAAGGAGCCAGUCAAGAGGCAACAGAACUGAGUAAGAAAGCAUCUUCCAAGCGUGUCACCUAUUCAGAUGUUGUGGGUUCUAUUGCAGAAUUUCAGAACAAGAGCCAAACAAUAGUAUCUUCUGACAGCUACAUGAAACAGCCCCAUGCAGACUCAGCGAAACAAAACAAAUUUAGUCAAGAAUUAAGGGGAACACCUACUAGAAAGAAAAAAUCUAGGGAAAGGGCAUCUUUUUCCAGAAGUGAAAAACGACUGCAUUCUUCAGGAAUCCUAAAAAAUAUCAGUCACUCUGAACUACUUUAUAACAAAUAAUAUUGAAAAAUUGUGCUGUCAUAUAAUUGAUAUGAAAAGAAACUAAGCUGAAGAUGCAAAAUGAAAGAAGAAAACAACGUGAUCAAUGUGAAAAUGGAGUAAAAGUCAGAAACUGUAUGAGUGUUCUCUUCCAGUAUAUAAAACUAUUGAAAUAUCAGUGUGCAUUUUGGGUUUUUAAACAAAUAAUUUAUCCACAAGAAAAAUGUGUGUACCUGACGACUGGUGUUAAUUCUUUAUUUCAUUCUAAUUAAAUUAUUUAUCUACAAUAUACAAAAACUAAAAAAAACCUUU